GGGGUAUAAGGUUGGUUAGGACAGGGACAGGGACAUAGAGAUGGAGCUUGCCGCAUUGGAGACACAUGAAUCAUGAAUCAUCAUCAAAGUUGACGGUGACACUGACGCCCGCUCUUACAUCCCAUCCGAUCAAAGCAACCCGCCCAAGUUCCUUUUCGCUCUCCCUCAGACCCGACCCUACCGAACCAAUAUUCAGACCCGUCCCCCACACUCUCCUUCUCCACUUUAUACUCCACUCUCUCCCAUCCCUCAAAAAAAAUACACACACACACACACAAACAGUCAUCAUAGAAUUGUAUAUAUACACAUACAAUAAACAAAUAUUAGUAUUAUCUUCGCAGUUCUCCUCUUCUCUCCUCUCACAAUAGCCGUUCUGUUUGGUCAGGAAGAUACCGAAGAAGACUAUGGAUCAAAAAGCGUGGCUAUGGAAGAAAAGAUCAGCAGAGAAAACCUUAGCAGCUGAUAAAGCAAACAAUUCUUUCAUCAGCAAUGAAGAAGAAGAAGAAGAAGAGGCUGAGUGCCGGGUGGAGAAACUUCUGACUGAAAAAGGACACCUGGAAAGAGAUCUUAGAGUGUUGAAUGAGAAACUUUCCUCUGCCCUCUCUGAGUGUAGUUCCAAGGACAAUAUUGCAAAGAAACAGGUGAAAAUUGCACAGGAAGCUAUUGCAGGCUGGGAGAAAGCUGAGGCAGAAGCAAUAUCUCUGAAGAAAGAUCUGGACAGAGUUUUGCAGCAGAAAGCUGAUUCUGAGGAAAGAUUAAGCCACUUAGAUGCAGUGUUGAAGGAGCGCAUGCAGCAGUUACGUUUGGUUCGAGAAGAGCAGGAGAAAAGAGUUCAAGGUGCUGUGCUGAAGGCAAUGGAAGAGUUUGAGAGAACACGGAUUGGUUUAGAUGAAAAGUUAGCCGAGGCCAGUAAGAGGGUUGCCAGAUUAGUUGCUGAAAAUGCACAGCUGAAUAAAGCUCUCUCUGGAAAGGGAAAGGUGAUUGAAGAAUUAAGUAAAUAUAGAGCACAGGUAGAAACUGAUAUAAAUGCCCUUAUGUCAAGAGUAGAGUCCACUGAGAAAGAAAAUGCUUCACUCAAGUACGAGGUUCGCGUUCUUGAGAAGGAACUUGAGAUAAGGAAUGAGGAGAGAGAAGUUAAUCGUCGAACAGCUGAAGUUGCUCAAAAGCAACACAAGGAGAGUGUAACGAAAAUUGAAAAAUUGCAAACAGAGUGUCAAAGGCUGCGUCUGCUUGUCCAAAAACGGUUGCCUGGCCCUGCUGCUCUGGUAAAAAUGAAGAAUGAAGUUGAAAUGCUUGGAAGGGGUCAGGUCGAAAUGAGGAGAAGAAGAUCGAAUCCUUCUCUAAUAAGUUCAAUGGACUUUCGCGUUGAUUUGGCUGCUGAUGAUUCGCCAAGCAAAAGGAUCAACUUUCUAAAUGAGCAGUUGCAUAAAGUGGAAGAAGAAAACAGAAGUCUCAAACAUGCACUUAACAUGAAAUCAAGUGAACAACUUUCAAGAACUAUACCUGCUAGAACCACGUCCAGGUUAUCAAGAGAAGAAGGGCAAGAUGGAGAUUUAUUAAAAAGCCAAACAGCUAAAGAAUCAGGUAAAUACCCAUUUUCCUUGCAGGAACACUCUCACGCAACUUUGUCUGAUAUGGGCAGUGAUGACAAAGCCAGUUGUGCCGAGUCUUGGGCAUCUGCUUUGCUAUCAGAGCUUGAGCAUUUCAAAAAUGAUAAACAAUUAGGCACGCCACCUCACAGAAAUAUGGCGACUUCGGACAUGAAUCUCAUGGAUGACUUUGCAGAGAUGGAGAAGUUAGCAGAAGCUUCUGCCGAUUGUCCAGCCGGAGGUCCCCAUCAUUCCCCUGAAGUACGCGGGCAUGUUUUUCAGACAACACCAAAUAAGUCUUUGAAUUUAGAAGCAUUUGAUAUUGGAAAUGAUAGUAAAAUCUCAACCACAGAGAAGAGUGACCAGAAAUUCCAGUCUAUUGUUAGCAUAUCAAUACAGAAAAUUCUUGAGCUCCUUGAAGGAAUAAAUAUUAUAUCUCGAGAAAAUGGUGUAGCAGAAUCUUUAACGGCAAAGGAUGUUGAGGUGUUGCCAUGUAAGAUUUCGGCAGCCCCAAGAGGCUAUAUGGUCCGAGUUUUCCAAUGGAAAACUGAUGAACUCUCUGCCGUUUUAAAGCAAUUUGUUCAAACUUGUAAUGAUUUGUUGAAUGGAAAAGCCGAUCUUCAACAGUUUGCUCAACUAGUAGCUUCAGAUUUGGAAUGGCUCAUGAACCACUCUUUUUCUCUUCAAGACGUUUCAAGCAUGAAGGAUGCAAUCAGGAGUCAUUUAGAUUGGAAUGAAUCAAAGAGUAAGGGUGAGAGUGAGGUCGAUAGUGGAUCAGCUAAUCACUCUACGGAAUCUAGUCAACCACAUGUCGAGAGAGAAGAUAGAUCAUAUCCUCCCAUGGUUUCUCCUCUCAAUGGCUGUAACAGUUCUUGUCAGAUGGAGGAACUUCAGCGUAAACCAAAAGGAGAGGCUAAAAGAUUGAGUGUUGAGGGUAAUAACGAAUCGUUAGUUUCCGAUUUGAAAGGCGGGCUUCCAUCAGAAAUCGCCAAUGGCGAAUCCUUCAGGAUUCAACUUAAAGACUCCGAAGACAUAAUUGACAAUUUGCCAACAGAGAUGGAAACUAUGGGGCAAUCUAAGGGAAAAAUUGGAGAUGAAAUCGAAAAACAGAUGAUGACGAAAGAAGACCUUGAGACCCAGCUCGUAUCAGGACAAAGUUGCCAAAAGAUUUCACCUCCAGAUAGUGAUCUGGAAAAUAAUGAUACCUCUUGCAAAAGACUGGAGGAAACAUGCAGUGGCCUGACAAUGCAGCUAAACAGCAUGACAAGCAAUGAAGUUCAGGAUGAUGGGAACCCCUGGGAAAAGCAACUUCAAGAUGAUUGGGAGAUCAAGGCGGCUUCAGAAAAAUUGGCAGAAUGCCAAGAAACAAUCCUAAACCUCAGGAAGCAGUUGAAGGCAUUGGCUACACCUAGGGAUGCAGCUCUUUUUGACAAUGUCAUAUCUACACCUGCUGACCAUGUUGUUACCAGAACAUCAAUACCUGAGAAAAAUGUCAGCCAGCGAUUCUCUCUACUAGAUAAAAUGUUAGCAGAGGAUAAUGAUCAAAUUGGUGUUUCUCCCAGAACCGCCAAAGAUGAUAUUUCAAAUGGAAACAGCAAUUCUGUGGUUAGUACAAGUGCGGCAAUAGAGUCUUGGAGCAAGUUUGCUGAUUCAAAUGGAAUCAGUCCUGAUGCAGGGUUAAGUCCAGUUGUUUCCAAGGCUAUUGUCCCUUGUAAGAAAAAGGGUGGCAUAAAUUUUUGGAAGAAGUUAUUUUGGCGGCACAAAAAAGGUAACAGCAAGAAAGCUCCCUUCUCUAAGCUGCAAUAG